AUGAGAGUCCGAGAGACGGGAGAGAGGAGAGAAGAGAGAGGAGAGGGAGACGAGAGAGGGAGAGAGGAGGGAGGAGGGAAAAAAGAAAAGGAGGAGAGAAAGAAAAGGGAAGAGGAGGAGGGAAACAAAGAGAGAGAGAAGAGAAGCGAGAGAGGAGAGAGAGAGCGAGAGAGAGAGAGCGUCGAGGAGGGGAACAGAAUGAGAGAGAGAGGACAAACUCUAGAUAUGGAAAACCACACUCAGUUCUACCCACCCAUUUUCACCCAGCUCUCCUCCUCAUCUCUCUCUCUCUCUCUCUCUCUCUCUCCUCUCUCUCUCUCUUCUCUCUCUCUCUCUAUUUCUCCACAGCUCUUCACCAUUUCCUUCUCCUGGGCGUCCCACGAGGUCCGACCCCCCAAGUACCAGCACCACGACCCCUUGACCUCUGAACUCCUCCUGUGUGACCAGUGUCCGCCCGGCACGGCCGUCCUGACCCACUGUACCGCCGACACCCCCACCGCCUGCUCGCCGUGCCCCGACCGGUCCUUCUCAGAACACUGGCACUGGGGCGACAGCUGCCAGUACUGCACGACGGUCUGCAAGGAGAGGCAGCUGGUGAGGCAGGAGUGUAACAGCACCCACGACCAGCUGUGUGAGUGUGUGCCAGGCUACCACCUGGUGGUGGAGUUCUGCAUCAAACACACCCCCUGUCAACCUGGCUACGGCGUGGCGGCUCUAGGUAGGUGAUCUAUGUGUAAUUACAAUGAACAAAUGAAUUAAUUAAUUGAUUGACUGAAAUUAUGUUUUGAGAUGCAAAUGAAACUAUGGUGCUGGAGUCUCUUUUUCAUUAUUUAACUACUGUUGGUUUAUUUAACUUGGCUGAAGGUCUUCCCUCUCUUUUAAUUAUUACUUCCAGUUAUAUACUCAUACAUAAUGGUUUGCAAAUGUUAUUCGUAGUCAGCCCAUGUCCUCAGAGGGGGAAGUGUUUACUCAGCCUGUGGUAGGUCUAAUCAGUCUAUAAUAUAAUAGUACUGUACUCUACAUCACCCAGAAUCCACUGGUGUAUGGUCCUGACCUGUUCUGUUCUCUAUGAGAGCCAACUGGUAGUAAUCAGUGUGUUGGCAGAGGGCCAGAAAGAGACAGAGCUGUGAGUGGCAGGCCUAGUCAUCAGACAGAAUAACUCUGCUGCCUGGUUGUUAUCAUCACCAGGAUCUCUCCUCUCUUGUCAGAUCACUCAGAGGUUAUGUCCCAAAUGACACCCUAUUCCCUAUAUCGUACACUACAUUUGACCAGAGCCCUAUGGUCAAAAGUAGUGCACUAAAUAGGGAAUAGGGUGCCAUUUGGGACACUACCAAAGCUAAGCAGGAUCAAGAUCACGCCAGACACUAAACUACGUCUUUGUAAUUUGUACUUCGUUCUCACUGGCCUCCUUCCCCUCCUUUUAAUCAUAACGUUCCUCAGCCUUCAGUCCUGGUUUGUGAUUCAGACGUAUUCCAGGCCAGAUGAGGAGAGAGGAGAUGAGAAGAGGAGGGGAGAGGCUGAGAGAGAGGGGAGAGAAGAGGGGUGAGGAGAGGUGAAGAGGAGGGAGGAGAGGGGAGAAAAGAGGGGUGAGGAGAGGUGAAGGAAAGGAAAGGAAAGAAGAGAGAGCGGAGGAAAGAAGAAGGGAGGAGAGAGGAGAAGAGUGGAGAGGAGGGUUUUGUUUCUGGCCAGAAUUUUACUAGCAAUAGUCUGUUGAACGUCUCUGUGAGAGAUGAUGAAUAGAAACAUGUCAGAUUCUAUUGGAGACAGACUGGUUCAGCUCCAUCUUUCCUCUCUGUCUCUGUGUCACAGUUAGACUGGUUCAGCUCCAUCUUUCCUCUCUGUCUCUGUAUCAGACAGUUAGACUAGUUCAGCUCCAUCCUUCCUCUCUGUCUCUGUAUCAGACAGUUAGGAUGACUCUUUUUAGCUUGAGUUCUUCUUUUUAGCUUGAGUUCUUCUUCUUGAGUUCAGCUUCUACAAAGUAUGGUUCCUUAUACAGCAGAGUGAAAUGAUGAGUAAAGAGUCAGUGGUCGGUCCAGGUCUAUCCAGUCAGUGGUCGGUCCAGGUCUAUCCAGUCAGUGGUCAGUCCAGGUCUAUCCAGUCAGUGUUCGGUCCAGGUCUAUCCAGUCAGUGUUCGGUCCAGGUCUAUCCAGUCAGUGGUCGGUCCAGGUCUAUCUAGUCAGUUAUCGGUCCAGGCCUAUCCAGGCAGUGGUCGGUCCAGGUCUAUCUAGUCAGUUAUCGGUCCAGGUCUAUCCAGUCAGUGGUCGGUCCAGGUCUAUCUAGUCAGUUAUCGGUCCAGGUCUAUCCAGUCAGUGGUCGGUCCAGGUCUAUCUAGUCAGUUAUCGGUCCAGGCCUAUCCAGGCAGUGAUCGGUCCAGGUCUAUCCAGGCCAGGGGUAACAACAGGAUAGACCUAGUCCUUGCCGAUGACGAGCAUAAUUGCGAACAGGCUGCAUGAUUUGGAAUAUUUUUUAUUCUGUAAAGGCUUCUUUAUUUUCAGUCUGUUAUUUACAGUGCCUUGCAAAAGUAUUCAUCCCCCUUGGCGUUUUUCUUGUUUUUUUGCAUUACAACCUGUAAUUUAAAUGGAUUUUAUUUUUAUUUCAUGUAAUGGACAUACACAAAAUAGUCCAAAUUGGUCAAGUGAAAUGAAAAAAUUAUUUCAGAAAAUUCUAAAAAAUAAAUAACGGAAAAGUGGUGCGUGCAUAUGUAUUCACCACCUUUGCUAUGAAGCCCCUAAAUAAGAUCUGGUGCAACCAAUUACCUUCAGAAGUCACAUAAUUAGUUAAAUAAAGUCCACCUGUGUGCAAUCUAUGUGUCACAUGACCUGUCACAUGAUCUCAGUAUAUAUACACCUGUUCUGAAAGGCCCCAGUGUCUGCAACACCACUAAGCAAGGGGCACCACCAAGCAAGCGGCACCAUGAAGACCAAGGAGCUCUCCAAACAGGUCAGGGACAAAGUUGUGGAGAAGUACAGAUCAGGGUUGGGUUAUAAAAAAAUAUCAGAAACUUUGAACAUCCCACGGAGCACCAUUAAAUCCAUUAUUAAACAAUUGAAAGAAUAUGGCACCACAACAAACCUAUUAAUAUGAAGGCGAAAGAAACGCACACCUAUUUAGGCGAGGUGCUGGCUAACGGAGUAGAACACUUGAAACGUUGGUUAUUAGGUUAUUAAAUUAUUGCGUCUGAGCUCCUAGAGUGUGAGACUCUCCUUUUCUUAUUCAACCACAACAAACCUGCCAAGAGAGAGCCGCCCACAAAAACUCACGGACCAGGCAAGGAGAGCAUUAAUCAGAGGGCAACAGAGAGACCAAAGAUAACCCUGAAGGAGCUGCAAAGCUCCACAGUAGAGAUUGGAGUAUCUGUCCAUAGGACCACUUUAUGCCGUACACUCCACAGAGCUGGGCUUUACAGAAGAGUGGCCAGAAAAAAAGCCAUUGCUUAAAGAACAAAAUAAGCAAACACGUUUGGUGUUCGCCAAAAGCCAUGUGGGAGACUCCCCAAACAUAUAGAAGAAGGUACUCUGGUCAGAUGAGACUAAAAUUGAGCUUUUUGGAAAACGCUAUGUCUGGCGCAAACCCAACACCUCUCAUCCCCCCGAGAACACCAUCCCCACAGUGAAGCAUGGUGGUGGCAGCAUCAUGCUUUGGGGAUGUUUUUCAUUGGCAGGGACUGGGAAACUGGUCAGAAUUGAAGGAAUGAUGGAUGGCGCUAAAUACAGGGAAAUUCUUGAGGGAAACCUGUUUCAGUCUUCCAGAGAUUUGAGACUGGGACGGAGGUUCACCUUCCAGCAGGACAAUGACCCUAAGCAUACUGCUAAAGCAACACUCAAGUGGUUUAAGGGGAAACAUUUAAAUGUCUUGGAAUGGCCUAGUCAAAGCCCAGACCUCAAUCCAAUUGAGAAUCUGUGGUAUUACUUAAAGAUUGCUGUACACCAGCGGAACCCAUCCAACUUGAAGGAGCUGGAGCAGUUUUGCCUUGAAGAAUGGACAAAAAUCCCAGUGACUAGAUGUGCCAAGGUUAUAGAGACAUACCCCAGGAGACUUGCAGCUGUAAUUGCUGCAAAAGGUGGCUCUACAAAGUAUUGACUUUGGGGGGAUGAAUAGUUAAGCACGUUCAAGUGUUUUUUUGGUCUUAUUUCUUGUUUGUUUCACCCCAAAAAAUAUUUUGCAUCUUCAAAGUGGUAGGCAUGUUGUGUAAAUCAAAUGAUACAACCCCCCCCAAAAAAAUCAAUUUUAAUUCCAGGUUGUAAGGCAACAAAAUAGGAAAAAUGCCAAGGGAGGUGAAUACUUUCACAAGCCACUGUAUGUUAUUAUUUUGGAGUAACUACAAUGUUGUUCAUCCAUCCUCAGUUAUCUCCUAUCACAUCCAUUAAACUCUGUAACUGUUUUAAAAUCACCACAUGGCCUCAUGGUGAAAUCCCUGAGCGGUUUCCUUCUUCUCCGGCAACUGAGUUAGGAAGGACGCCUGUAUCUUUGUAGUGACUGGGUGUAUUGAUACACCACCCAAAGUGUAAUUAAUAACUUCACCAUGCUCAAAGGGAUAUUCAACGUUUUUUUUGUUUUUUUACCCAUCUACCAAUAGGUGCCCUUCUUUUUGCGAAACCAUUGGAAUACCUCCCUGGUAUUUGUGGUUGAAUCUGUGCUUGAAAUUCACUGCUCGACUGAGGGACCUUACAGAUAAUUGUAUGUGUGGGGUACAGAGAUGGGGUAGUCAUUAAAAAAUUAUGUUAAACACUAUUAUUGCACACAGUUAGUCCAUUCAACUUAUUAUGUGACUUGUUAAGCACAUCUUUACUCCUGAACUUAUUUAGGCUUGCCAUAACAAAGGGGUUUCAUUCAGCUUUUCAUUUUUUGGACCCUGUCCAGUUGAACCAGUAUCAUACUGUAUUCCUGGAGCCCUUCCAGUUGAACCAGUAUCAUACUGUAUUCCUGGAUCCCUUCCAGUUGAACCAGUAUCAUACUGUAUUCCUGGAGCCCUUCCAGUUGAACCAGUAUCAUACUGUAUUCCUGGAGCCCUUCCAGUUGAACCAGUAUCAUACUGUAUUCCUGGAGCCCUUCCAGUUGAACCAGUAUCAUACUGUAUUCCUGGAGCCCUUACAGUUGAACCAGUAUCAUACUGUAUUUUCCAGAGGAAAGACAUGAUAAAGAAAAUGACUAGUGGUCACCACCAGGUCUGAAGAUCACAAUGGAAUGUUUUCCAGGGUUGGGGUCAAUUCCAUUUAAUACCCUGUCAAUUCAGGAAGUACACUGAAAUGCCAAUUCCAAUUGUCUUCAAUGCUUUUCAAUAAGGAACAUUUUGAAUUGGAAUUGGAAUUUGGUUUACUUUCAAAAUUGACUGGAAUUGAAAUUGAAUUUACCCCAACUCUGAUUUCUUCAUCAUACAGCUAGAUCUGUUAUAACGAUCUCAGAUGGUUGUUGUGAGGCAGGUUCAGGCACACUUGAGGUCUUUUGACUGGAGCAAGUCUGACCCCAGCUCUUAAAUGCAUUGUUGCCAAUGCCAGGAAUACAGUAUGAUACUGGUGCAUUCGGAAACUAUUCAGACCCCUUCCCUUUUUCCACAUUUUGUUACGUUACAGCCUUAUUCUAAAAUGGAUUAAAUUAAUUGUUUUCCUCAUCAAUCUACACACAAUACCCCAUAAUGACAAAUCAAAAACAGAUGUAUUACAAAUAAAUAACAGAAAUACCUUAUUUAUAUACGUUUUCAGACCUUUGCUAUGAGACUCGAAAUUGAGCUCAGGUGCAUCCUGUUUCCAUUGAUCAUCCUUGAGAUGUUUUUACAACUUGAUUGGAGUCCACCUGUGGUAAAUUCAAUUAAUUGGACAUGAUUUGGAAAGGCACACACCUGUGUAUAUAAGGUCCCACAGUUGACAGUGCAUGUCAGAGCAAAAACCAAGCCAUGAGGUCGAAGGAAUUGUCCGUAGAGCUCCGAGACAGGAUUGUGUCGAGGCACAGAUCUGGGGAAGGGUACCAAAAAAUAUCUGCAGCAUCGAAGGUCCCCAAGAACACAGUAAAAUAAGCCACUCUUGGAGUUUGCCAAAAGGCACCUAAAGACUCUCAGACAAUGAGAAACAAGAUUCUCUGGUCUGAUGAAUCCAAGAUUGAACUCUUUGGCCUGAAUGCCAAGCGUCACGUCUGGAGGAAACCUGGCACCAUUCCCUACGGUGAAGCAUGGUGGUGACAGCAUCGUGCUGUGGGGAUGUUUUUCAGCUGCAGGGACUGGGAGACUAGUCAGGAUCGAGGGAAAGAUGAACGGAGUAAAGUACAGAGAGGUCCUUGAUGAAAACCUGCUCCAGCGCGCUCAGGACCUCAGACUGGGGCCAAAGGUUCACCUUCCAACAGGACAACGACCCUAAGCACACAGCCAAGACAACACAGGAGUGGCUUUGGGACAAGUCUCUGAAUGUCCUUGAGUGGCCCAGCCAGAACCCGGACUUGAACCCAAUCGAACAUCUCUGGAGAGACCUGAAAAUAGCUGUGCAGCGACGCUCCCCAUCCAACCUGACAGAUCUUGAGAGGAUUUGCACAGAAGAAUGGGAGAAACUCCCCAAAUACAGGUGUGCCAAGUUUGUAGCGUCAUACCCAAGAAGACUCCAGGCUGUAAUCGCUGCCAAAGGUGCUUCAACAAAGUAUUCAGUAAAGGGUCUGAAUACUUAUGUAAUGAAAUAUUUCUGUUUUUAAUUUUUAAUACAUUUGUAAAAAAAAGUUUUUGCUUUGUCAUUAUGGGGUAUUGUUUGUAGAUUGAUGAGAAAAAAAUUCAAUUUUAGAAUAAGGCUGUAAUGUAACAAAAUGUGGAAAAAGUCAUGGGCUCUUAAUACUUUCCGAAUGCACUGUAUGGCUUGUCAACCUGAGGAUCCAUGACCUCUGCUGGUCACUUGUAAUUUCAUAUAGACCUGUGAGUUAAUGUUCUUACACAAAUAUGCCUUGUCAUAUGCCUUGUCAUCUUGUUAUCUUUUCUCACACAAAUAUGCCUUGUCAUAUGCCUUGUCAUCUCUGUGGGUGGUGGGGACCCAAGUCAAAGAUCAUCCUACUGGAUGCAUGAAGGACCUUAUACUCUCUCUGACUCUCACUUCUUCUCUGUUCUGAAACAGGAUGUGGUAGAUACUGUUGACACCCAUUCUAUUAGGAGAGCUGUAGUUUACUCCUCUCUAAACAAUGCUACAGAAACUCCACACUUCCACUCACAAAACUCAGCUGCUUUAUGACCAGCACCACGUACCACAACUUGUGACUUGACAGAUUGGAAAUGUAUAACAUGAUCCCACCUGUAAGAAUGAUCUUGGUUCAUAAAUUGAAGUUUGUUUGUUUGUGUUUCUCUCCUAGGUACACCAGAGGUUGACACAGUGUGUGAGGCGUGUCCGCAGGGCCUGUUCUCCAGCCGGGUGUCUGCCAGCGAGCCGUGUGUGUCCCACAGGAACUGCUCUGAGCUGGGCUUGAAGACCCUCCGACUGGGGACCACCACCCAGGACACACUGUGUGAGAACGAGGCUAAAGGAUCUGUCUUGGAGUGCUCCCAUCACCACACGCAGUGUCACACUGGUGAGAACAUACAGGAUAAUGGUGAUAUAUGCCAGACGCUCUUAUCCAAAGCGAUUUACAGUCAUGCACGCAUACUUUUUUUUGUGUGGGUGGCCCCAGUGGGAAUCAAAUCCCACUACCCUUGGCGUUGUGAGCGUCAUGCUCUACCAACUGAGCCACAACACACACACCAUGUAAUGUUUAUUAAAAAGGAGUGAAUGAUUCUAAUCUACAGCACUGCACGACAACCCGGCUCAGCUUCACACUGACUAAAGAGGUUCAUGAGUAACUUUGCCUGAGACUAGAAGACUUGUUUUAGCUCCCCAAGAAAAUACCUAGGCUUAAUCUCAGCGGAUAAACUCUUGCAGCAGCAGGCAACAAAUGUUCAAACCCAGUUGGUCUCAGCUGCCUACAGCAUUUCACCUGAGCAACAGGUUGACGUCAUCCCACUAACUCCAGUAACUCCAGCAAGAGCCAUGAUGUAGUGAUUAGUGUGUGUGACUGUUAUAUCCUGGACCUUGGAAGCUUGGACCAAAGAGGGAACUGAGUCAGUCAAAGAGGAGACAUGAGGACAUGGGUUUAGGGCAGGGAUCAUCAACUAGAUUCAGCCACGGUCCGUUUUGUUCUUGAGCAGUCGUGGGGCCGGAAUAUAAUUACAGAUAAUUUGUAGACUGCAAGUUAACCGCAAGAAGCCCAAACAGAUAUAAUAUUUCACUAAUACAUAAUCAUUUCAAACCUUGCUUACAUUUGUAUACAAUCACAUAUAUCUCUCUAUUAUGCAUGGGAAUACUUUAGAACAGAUUUCCAAAAUGUAAAUCCCUUGGAGCUGAUUUCCUGGUGUUUUUACAGUCUUUUAUGUCCAACCAUUAAUCGUUUUUUGUUUAUUUGCUCAGAAAACUUGAGGGGCCAAUAAAGAAAUACCUGGACCGCAGGCCACCUGUUGGGGAACCCUGGUUUAGGGUCUUACUCAGGCUGAAACCAUGAAGAAUGCUGCUGAGAACACACACACACACACACACACACACCACAGAACCACAACCCAUCAGAGUGAGCCUGAUGAGUCUCCCAGGAGACCAAACACAGUACUGAGUUCUCAUUCUAGAACCGGAACGAUGCACACACACACAGAACAACUGUGUUCCAUCACACCAGGUCUGCUGUGUGACGUAUCACAGUGAGACGUAUCAGGGGGAGGUUGACUUCCACGAGAAUGAACUAUUCACAUUAAACUGAGUUCCUAUAGCAUGACUAACAACUAUCAGAGUAGAACACCCAGAACUGUUACUUUCCCAGGGGAGUGAUGCUCUCCUUAACAAUUAAUUCAGAAUUUGUUUUAGUGGGAUAUGACACCCAUACAAUUACAAUGAUUCAGUCAUUGUAUUUCUAUGGUGACACCACAGAUUGUUUGCAAUGAAUUAGAAAAUAGUUUGAAGUACAAAUGUCAAAUUGAGGGGAAAAUGUCUUUGCCAAUGCUGGAUUCAAAUCCAAGCCAAUGUUCAGUUAGAUUAGAUUUGAGAAAAUGCUGAAAGUCAGAUUUGCAUCCCAAAUGGCACCCUAUUCCCUAUAUAGUGCACUACUUUUGACCAGAUCCCUAUGGGUCCUGGUCAAAAGUAGCGCACUAUAAAGGGAAAGGGGUGCCAUUUGGGAGUCGAAGUCUGAACUAAAUAAGGAGGAAGGAGGAGAGGCUGUGAGGGAAAUGAGUGUGUCGCCGCUGGGAUGGAACAAAGAAGUGAGAGGAAGUGAUGUUUUCAUUAUCUGGUCUGGUAAUGACUGGACACCCUCCAUUACACACACACACACACACACACACACACACACACACACACACACACACACACACACACACACACACACACACACACACACACACACACACACACCACAGAACCACACCACAUCAGAGUGAGCCUGAUGAGUCUCCCAGGAGACCAAACACAGUACUGAGUUCUCAUUCUAGAACCGGAACGAUGCACACACACACAGAACACCUGUGUUCCAUCACACCAGGUCUGCUGUGUGACGUAUCGCAGUGACCCGUAUCAGGGGAUGUUGAGGUCCAUCUCCACAGGUGUUGAGGUCUUCAUGUGAACUGGUGCUCGUCAUCUGUUCAAUAGAGUUAACAAAUGUUUAUUUGGUAUAACCUGACACAGAAAGUCUGUUUCUGGAAUAAGAUACCAUUAUGGUCCCAAUAGAGCAAACCUAACACAUCUGGCUCUUCACACAGGAUCAAUCAAGAUCUCAAUGUAUCAUAAAGAAAACAAGUACGUAAGUACCAGGAUGUAACGUCAGUGUCCUCUCUCUCCCUCUCUGUCUCAGACGUGUCGCUGUGUGAGGAGGCCAUCUUCCAGUCUCUGGCGUCCCUCCGUCUGUCCUCCGUCCCCCUGGAGCGUCUCCUGGAGAGCCUGCCUGGGAAGAGGGUUGACAGGAAGAGUCUGGAGAGGCUGAAAAAGGUCUGCUCCCCCCAGCAGCAUAUACUACUCCUGUUGAGACUCUGGAGAGAACAGAACAAAGAUCAGGUUAAACUCUACGGCGUCAUUCAAGGUCAGUAGGAUCCGUUUAGUAGAGCUCUGCUACUGGCUGCUGCAAAUGACUUCCUGUUAUGUCCUGAAGACGUUUAUCCAGUGAGAGGGUCCUGUUACGUCCUGAGCUCAUCAUACCUAUUAUCCAGUGAGAGGGUCCUGUUAUGUCCUGAGCUCAUCAUACCUAUUAUCCAGUGAGAGGGUCCUGUUACGUCCUGAGCUCAUCAUACCUAUUAUCCAGUGAGAGGGUCCUGUUACGUCCUGAGCUCAUCAUACCUAUUAUCCAGUGAGAGGGUCCUGUUACGUCCUGAGCUCAUCAUACCUAUUAUCCAGUGAGAGGGUCCUGUUAUGUCCUGAGCUCAUCAUACCUAUUAUCCAGUGAGAGGGUCCUGUUAUGUCCUGAGCUCAUCAUACCUAUUAUCCAGUGAGAGGGUCCUGUUACGUCCUGAGCUCAUCAUACCUAUUAUCCAGUGAGAGGGUCCUGUUACGUCCUGAGCUCAUCAUACCUAUUAUCCAGUGAGAGGGUCCUGUUAUGUCCUGAGCUCAUCAUACCUAUUAUCCAGUGAGAGGGUCCUGUUACGUCCUGAGCUCAUCAUACCUAUUAUCCAGUGAACCACUGUGAGCGGAAGGUGUCCAGGUUAAGACUGUAGUCACCGUAGUAACCGUUGGAAUAGCAACAACAACAAAGAAAAUUAAAACGUUCUCCUCUGCUUCUGACUGCAUGUGCUGCCGCUGCAGGGAGGGGGGUGUUGCCUAGGCAACCAAAGGCUCAUCUGCUACAACACCUUGCUUGUUUCAGCAAGUUGUAGAGUCCAUGAUAGAGCAGAAACUGAAUCAACCGCACGAAUGCCCAGCCAUCCCGGCUUUAGUCAGCUGUUUGUUCCACAAAACAAUAAAACAUUAUUUGAGGGUUAUUUUAUUUUCAUGAUGGUCUUCAUCCAUAACCGUCGGUUACACGGUUAUACGGUAAUUGUGCCAGCCCUAUAGUCCAGGUGGCUAAGUCGUUUCAUUGCUAAUAUUUCUCCAUUACCCUUUCCCUCUAUUGUGAGUGUAAGGUGUCCAGGUGUCUAACAGUAGUAUCAGUUUUAACCUGAGUUCCUCCUCUACCCUGUUAUCUCAGGUGUGAACAACUGUGAGCGGAAGGUGUCCAGGUGUGCAGGUUUGAAGAACCUGACCAUGGGUGACCUCCUGACGGUGAUGGACAGUCUCCCAGGGGUCCGGGCUCACGAGGAGGACGUCAGGGCCGUGGUCUCCUCAUGCCGCUCCCAGCAGUACCUCCUGCAGCUCCUACACCUUUGGAAGAACCAGAACAAGGACCUGGACAUCAAUAAGGUAUUGCUCCGCCACCACCAUGCACAUUAACAUGCCUGCCUUAAUCUAGCCAAAUACUGAGUGUGGACAUUCCUCAUAUUCCUUUUCUUAAUGGAUAAUUUUCUGUUCUACGCACCAACAACUAGAUAAGAAUCUCCAAUUAGAAGUGUGCUGGUUUUCCCAUUUCCGAUUGCCUUAGUUUUGACGAAAGGAACACAAUGGAAAUAAGUAAUACUUGAUAACUUUGUGUUCUCCUUGAUAGUUAAAACAAUUACUGUCUGUAUUUGUAUUUAUUUAAAUGAACCUAAUCAAUCAAUUAAUUAAUCAAUUAAAGGGUCUGGCCCACAGCCUGAGCAGGCUCCGGCAGCAGGGGGCACCACGCCCGCUCCUCAGGAGCAUCAAGAAGAUCAACCGGAUCAUCUCCACCUCCUCCAUACACAAGAUGUACGAGAAGAUGUUCCUCAACAUGAUCGAGGACGGGACCUGCUUCAAGACCAAACCCUACAACCAAUAGGAAGAAUGGGACGGGGCUAAGGGGCGCAGAUCUGGGUUUCAAACACUUGAAAAAUCUAGCAUUUGUUUGAGUCUGCCUGGAGUGCAAGAUGGGCAGGGUUUGACGUUUUGAGACGUUUCUAUUGGUUUAUUAAUCCAGGCAAACUCAAACAGGGUCAGAUAAAGGAUUUAAAUUAAUGUUUAAAGUAUUUGCAACCCAGGUCUGAUGGGGUGGAUCCUAACGUCCACUUACGUCGAAUUUUCACUCGGUCUCCCGUUGAUAUCAAUGCAUGACUAAGUGAAAAUUCAAUUUAAGUGUAAAUUAGGAUUAGUCCUAACUGUGUGAAAAGCAGGGUUGCGGUCAAAUUUUUUUUCAGUUCGUGAAUUGAAUUUGAAUUAACUCGCUGAAUUGACUGAAUUGAAAAUGGAAUUGAUCCCAACCCUGACGAAAAUAGAAAACUAUUUAAAAGUUGUGUAUAUGUCCACUAUUUUUAAGGAGAGGUAGAAGGGGGGGGGAUAGGGAGAGGGUCGUCUUGCUUUUUCACUGUUUUAAAAAGAGGAGAUUUAUUUCAUAAUGAAAUGUUUCCUCAUGAGUGCGUUCCAAAUGGCAUACUACUACUUAUUUAGUGCACUACUUUUGACCAGGGCCCAUUGGGUAGUAGUGCACUAUUUAGGGAAUAGGGUGCUAUUUGGGACGCCCCCCUGCUGUUCUGUGUGGACUGCUGACAUGCAAAGCUCUAUUGAAACUGUCAAAACAUUUCAAACAUUGUCAGAUUUUAUGAAUGUACAAAGGAGUGCAAUUUUUUUUAUUUAAAUGUAAUUUUUCUUACCAGAUUUGUUUUGUAAAAGCUUGUUUUUUUUUAUCUCUAUAUUACAAAACUGGAUUCUGAAUGCUGCAGGUUUGAAGUUACAAUGUUGUUUGUUUGAAGCCGAAGGGAUUUUUUGUAAAUCAUUUUUGUAUAAAAAAGGUAUGGAUCUUUAUUUUGGAUUUUUGGUUUGACCGGCCCUUUUUCAAGUCCUUAUUUUUGUGAACAUUAUGUCGAAUUAUCUGAUUAAAAUCCAUUUGAUAAAAUUGUUGUAUGACUUUUAAAAUGAUAAGUGUUGUAUUUUGAUUUCCCCUCACAUUUGUGUGGAUGUAGAGUCCUAGUGACAUUACUGUCCUGCAGUAACCUGAGCCUGACAGAAGUUCCAUUGUUCCUGAAACAGACCCCUCCUCCUAUUGACUCAGUCUUGUUAAGGGCAUUUCAGUCUCGUAGCAAUUUGCUUAUUAAGAAGCAUGACUCAGUCUUGUUACGGGCAUUUCAGUCUCGUAAACAAUUAGCUUAUUAAGAAGCAUGACUCAGUCUUGUUACGGGCAUUUCAGUCUCAUAACAAUUUGCUUAUUAAGAAGCACGAAAUAGCUUACUCGGUAUACUGACUCAAUAAGGACAUGGUAUUCAUCGCUUGGAAAUAUCAUGGAAUGUGAAGGUUCAGUGUACAGCUGACAUGUCCACACCUUUACUCACCUGUAAAAUGAGUAUGUGACAGUUAUUCACUGUGUCAUCCUGUCUCCCGGAAGGUUAUUCACUGUGUCAUCCUGUCUCCUGGAAGGUUAUUCACUGUGUCAUCCUGUAUCCUGGAAGGUUAUUCACUGUGUCAUCCAGUCUCUCCUGGAAGGUUAUUCACUGUGUCAUCCUGUCUCUCUUGGAAGGUUAUUCACUGUGUCAUCCAGUCACUCCUGGAACGUUAUUCACUGUGUCAUCCUGUCUCUCUUGGAAGGUUAUUCACUGUGUCAUCCUGUCUCUCCUGGAAGGUUAUUCACUGUGUCAUCCUGUCUCUCUUGGAAGGUUAUUAACUGUGUCAUCCUGUCUCCCCUGGAAGGUUAUUGACUGUGUCAUCCUGUCUCCUGGAAGGUUAUUCACUGUCAUAAUAAUCAUAAUAAUAAUAUGCCAUUUAGCAGACACUUUUGUCUGUCUCUCCUGGAAGUUUAUUCACUGUGUCAUUCUGUCUCUAUUGGAAGGUUAUUCACUGUGUCAUCCUGUCUCCCCUGGAAGGUUAUUCACUGUGUCAUCCUGUCUCUCAUGGAAAGUUAUUCACUGUGUCAUCCAGUCUCUCCUGGAAGGUUAUUCACUGUGUCAUCCUGUCUCCCCUGGAAGGUUAUUCACUGUGUCAUCCUGUCUCCUGGAAGGUUAUUGACUGUGUCAUCCUGUCUCUCCUAGAAGUUUAUUCACUGUAUCAUCCUGUCUCUCCUGGAAGGUUAUUCACUGUGUCAUCAUGUCUCCUGGAAGGUUAUUCACUGUGUCAUCAUGUCUCCUGGAAGGUUAUUCCCAUUCUCACCUCCACUAGUGUGGUCCCAGAUCUGUUUGUGAUGUCUUCCUAACUCCUAGGGUCAUUGUCUCAUUGUCAGGCCAUUUGUUGCUCAUAUUGCUCCUCUGUAUUUAGUCAUAACUAGUCUGAUCUGGUUACAACUAGUCUAAUCUGGUUACAACUACUCUGAUCGGGUUACAGCUAGUCUGAUCUGGUUACAACUAGUGUGAUCUGGUUACAAAUAGUCAAAUCUGGUUACAACUAGUCUGCUCUGGUUACAACUAGUCUGGUCCCUGUUGGUUUGUGUUCCUUUGUACCUAUUGUCAUUGUCACGCCAUGUGUGGCUCACCUUGCUCCUCAGAAACUAACCAUAACUCUUUGGAAGAAACACCUGUUUUAAACCAGAAAGCAGACCCUGUCUAGCCUGAUCCCAGACCUGUUUGUGCUGUCUUGCCAAGUCCUAUGGUCAUUGGCAGCAACAACGACCAUAGGAGUUGGUAAGACAGUACAAACUCGAUCUGGGACCAGGCUAGACUCGGGUCAGCUGAUCUUUUAAAGAUAUCAUAGUAACAUGUAUAACAAUAUUAUGAUCCUCCAUAGGAAGUAACCCUGACUCUACAUCCUCAUGACUGUUCUGCUGUGGUCUCUCUCUCUACAUAGGGACCCAGCAUCUUUCAACAGUUAGAACUUCCAGAUUUUAACUUUAGGAAGUUGUAGUUGUGACCUUUACAGAUAUGAUUAUAGAGUUGUUUGGUUGUCAUGGAGUGAGAGAGAGAGAGAGAGAGAGAGAGAGAGAGAGAGAGAGAGAGAGAGAGAGAUCGAGAGAGAGAGGUAGAGAGAGAGCUCUAGAUUCGCGCUCUCUCGACUUCUCUCCUAGCUCUCGCUCUCUCUCUCCUCUCUGCCUCUCUCUCCUCUCUCUCUCGCUUCUCUCCUCAAUCUCUCCUUCUCAUCUCUCUCUCUCCUCUCUCUCUCUUCUAGUCCUCUUCGCGUUAGGAGAGAGAGAUGGUUUUUUUCCCUGAGCAUCACACAGUUUAGACCAUACCGUGAAAUGCUUACUUACAAGCCCUUAACCAACAAUGCAGUUCAAGAAAGAGUUAGGAAAAUAUUUACUAAGUAAAACAAAAUAAAAAGUAACACAACAAAAUAACAAUAACGAGGCUAUAUACAAGGGGUACCGGUACCGAGUCAAUGGUUAGUCGAGGUAAUUUGUACAUGUAGGUAGGGGCAAAGUGGCUAUGCAUAGAUAAUAAACAGUGAGUAGCAGCAGUGUAAAAACAAAUCAAUAUAAAUAGUCCGGAUGGCCAUUUGAUUAAUUGUUCUGCAGUCUUCUGGCUUGGGGGUAGAAGCUGUUAAGGAGCAUUUUGGUCCUAGACUUGGCGCUCCGGUACCGCUUGCCGUGCGGUAGCAGAGAGAACAGUCUAUGACUUGGGUGACUGGAGUUUUUUACAAUUUUUUGGGCCUAAGAGUGUGUAUGUGUGUGUGAUGAUGUGUGUGAGUGACUAAGAGAGCAAGACAGAUGGAUCUAAACUAUCCUAAUUUCUUCUUAAUUAAAGAUAUUUAAUAAUAGCCUAGUGGGAUACAAAUGAUAUCAGCAUUAAUAUGAAUCACCCACCUCAAAACUCUGUUCACUUCUGAGUGUCUUAGCCAGUUGUUUAGGAUAUAUGAUUAAUUGCAUUAGCUGGCAGAACAAGAGGGAUGCGUUCCAAAUGGCACCCUAUUUCCCUUAUAGUGCACUACUUUUGACCAGGGCCCAUAGGGCAAAGUAGUGCCCAUAGGGCAAAGUAGUGCACUAGAGAGGGAAUAGGGUGCCAUUCGAGCAGUGAGUCAAUAUAGUACGUACCUUUCUUCUAUUGACAGAGGAAUAAAUGCAUGACUGCCAAGGUUGACACAUCUGCACAGCAUGUCAUGCAAAUCAGAGAUGCUGAAAGAUUGUAUUAUUUACAAUGGAAAGUGACCUGUGUUAUGACUACCCGGGGACACCAGGCGUGUUAUGAAGCUGUUAUAAUAUGGACUAAUAGAGGAUAUGUCUCCAUCCCUGACUGGUCAAAUACCCUAGUCUCCUCUCCUUCCUCUUUCCAUUCCACGGUUGACAAUAAAGGAUGGUAAGGUCUGAAUCGGCCACUAAUAGAGGAUAUGUCUCCAUCCCUGACUGGUCAAAUACCUAAGUCUCCUCCCCUUCCUCUUUCCAUUCCACGGUUGACAAUAAAGGACAGAGAGAAGGACCCAGUAUCAAGUCCUUUUACAGCUGGACAAGAGACAACAUCAACAUGGUGAGUCACACUUAUGAUUAUGGGAUAAUGAUACAUCCAGUAAUAGAGUUAAAGUACAAGGAUGUUCCUUUUUAAAACAUUAUUUAUAUAUUGCAACAUUUAAAGUAAAAUAUUUAGCUAUAUUGUACAAUGGGAAUGUGAUGCUGUGACAACAAUCUAAUAUUCCCAUGGCCAAAAAGCUGUUUGUGAUUAUUAGUAAAUUUUACAAUAAUGUUGACUAAUUAAUUGGUGGCCCCUAGCCUAUGGUAGUUGAAACCUUUACAUCAAUCAAAUGUACACUGCUCAAAAAAAUUAAGGGAACACUUAAACAACACAUCCUAGAUCUGAAUGAAUGAAAUAAUCUUAUUAAAUACUUUUUUCUUUACAUAGUUGAAUGUGCUGACAACAAAAUCACACAAAAAUUAUCAAUGGAAAUCAAAUGUAUCAACCCAUGGAGGUCUGGAUUUGGAGUCACCAUCAAAAUUAAAGUGGAAAACCACACUACAGGCUGAUCCAACUUUGAUGUAAUGUCCUUAAAACAAGUCAAAAUGAGGCUCAGUAGUGUGUGUGGCCUCCACGUGCCUGUAUGACCUCCCUACAACGCCUGGGCAUGCUCCUGAUGAGGUGGUGGAUGGUCUCCUGAGGGAUCUCCUCCCAGACCUGGACUAAAGCAUCCGCCAACUCCUGGACAGUCUGUGGUGCAACGUGGCGUUGGUGGAUGGAGCGAGACAUGAUGUCCCAGAUGUGCUCAAUUGGAUUCAGGUCUGGGGAACGGGCGGGCCAGUCCAUAGCAUCAAUGCCUUCCUCUUGCAGGAACUGCUGACAAACUCCAGCCACAUGAGGUCUAGCAUUGUCUUGCAUUAGGAGGAACCCAGGGCCAACCUCACCAUCAUAUGGUCUCACAAGGGGUCUGAGGAUCUCAUCUCGGUACCUAAUGGCAGUCAGGCUACCUCUGGCGAGCACAUGGAGGGCUGUGCGGCCCCCCAAAGAAAUGCCACCCCACACCAUGACUGACCCACCGCCAAACCGGUCAUGCUGGAGGAUGUUGCAGGCAGCAGAACGUUCUCCACGGCGUCUCCAGACUCUGUCAUGUCUGUCACAUGUGCUCAGUGUGAACCUGCUUUCAUCUGUGAAGAGCACAGGGCGCCAGUGGCGAAUUUGCCAAUCUUGGUGUUCUCUGGCAAAUGCCAAACGUUCUGCACGGUGUUGGGCUGUAAGCACAACCCCCACCUGUGGACGUCGGGCCCUCAUACCACCCUCAUGGAGUCUGUUUCUGACCGUUUGAGCAGACACAUGCACAUUUGUGGCCUGCUGGAGGUCAUUUUGCAGGGCUCUGGCAGUGCUCCUCCUGCUCCUCCUUGCACAAAGGCGGAGGUAGCGGUCCUGCUGCUGGGUUGUUGCCCUCCUACGGUCUCCUCCACGUCUCCUGAUGUACUGUCCUGUCUCCUGGUAGCGCCUCCAUGCUCUGGACACUACGCUGACAGACACAGCAAACCUUCUUGCCACAGCUCGCAUUGAUGUGCCAUCCUGGAUGAGCUGCACUACCUGAGCCACUUGUGUGGGUUAUAGACUCCGUCUCAUGCUACCACUAGGGUGAAAGCACCGCCAGCAUUCAAAAGUGACCAAAACAUCAGCCAGGUCUGUGGUCACCACCUGCAGAACCACUUCUUUAUUGGGGAUGUCUUGCUAAUUGCCUAUAAUUUCCACCUGUUGUCUGUUCCAUUUGCACAACAGCAUGUGAAAUUUAUUGUAAAUCAGUGUUGCUUCCUAAGUGGAUAGUUUGAUUUCACAGAAGUGUGAUUGACUUGGAGUUACAUUGGGUUGUUUAAGUGUUCCCUUUAUUUUUUUGAGCAGUGUAUUUAAUAAAGCCCUUUUUACAUCAGCAAUUGUCACAACGUGCUCUAAACAAAGUGCAUUAAACUAAGUGCAUUAUUUUCUCAUGUUUACAGUUGUUCCCAAUCCUCGUAGUGCUGGCGGCGGUUGAUCUCAGCUGUGGCGCAAUGAUGGAGGUUCUUCAAAGUCAGACCCCGACCACCUACCACCACCUGGACCCCACCACCGGCCAGUUACUCACCUGUAAUCGCUGUCCACCUGGCCAUCAUAUGUCUGCGCACUGCACAGCCACCACACAGACCGUGUGUACGUCGUGUCCACCAAGCCACUACACUCAGUACUGGAACUACCUGCCCAAGUGCCUGUACUGCAGCACGUUCUGUGGGGAGCACCAGGUGGUCAAGGAGGAGUGCUCGGUUCUCAAUGACAGGGUGUGUGAGUGCAAAGGAGGAUAUUACUGGAACGCCGAUUUCUGUAUCAGACACACGGAGUGUCCUUCUGGCCACGGGGUGAAACGGAGAGGUAAGAAACGGAAUAGACAGAUCCGUCACCAUUUCCUUCUUUGCGCAAUCACGUUCUUUUGGAGAUAGAUAGAAUAAUGGUUUAUAACGGACAAAUAGUAAUAUACAUUUGUUUUAAAAUUUCAAAUAACCCCACAGGUACGACGGAGACGGACACAGUGUGUGAAAAAUGCCCUCAAGGUUCCUUCUCCUACAACUCUCCUUCGCGCGCGCCAUGCGUAAAUCACACCGAUUGCGCGUCACUGGGGCGGAAGACCGUCCUCAGUGGCACGUGUUGGCAUGACAACCUCUGUGCCCUUUCCUGUGAAGAACUCAAAGAUGGAGGUGGGUAUCACAUUAUCGACUAGAUCUUGAUAUUGGCUUGUGUUUUUAGUUGUGGUGUGUUUCAAACCCAAAUACUGAAACAGAAUUGGUGGUCUAUAUUUUAUUUACUGCAGGCUUUUAUGAAAUGUAAUGGAAGUAUUAGUAUACUUUGCAUUACAUUGGUAUUAUACAUUAGUAUUACGUUAAUAUUACUAACAGUCAAAUCUCCUUUUUCCUCGUUUGCAGGUGAGUUUAAACUACUCAGAACUUUCCUUCCUGACUUCUUCGCUCAUCACAAGAUGAGAGUGGUGAAGCUGAGGAGGCUGGUCUGGAGGUUGAUGGCCAGCGGGGAGGAGCAGGAGCAUCAGGUUAGAGGGACAGACCUAAAUAUUGUGUGUGUAUGUACUGAUAGAUGCUACUGAAUGUAAUGUAAUGUAUGAAAAUAUAAAUGGACUAGAAUAGUAGGUCUCUGUCUUAUUUUUCUCAGUAUUGAGUCAGUACAGAACCUUUAUAGUUAUAUUUUCUUGUUUUACAUUGAUGUAGUUCUGUCCUUGAGCUGUUCUUGUCUAUCAAUGUUCUGUAUAAUGUCAUGUUUCAUGUUCUGUGUGGACCCCAGGAAGAGUAGUUGCUGCUAUGGCAACAGAUAAUGGGGAUCCUAAUAAAAUAGCAAGUACAGACACACACAGUAGAGGUAUACAUUUAACCUGGCCUUUAAUCAAUGAUUUCACUAUUAUUUUAGACUUUUUAAAUGUGAUUUCAUUAUUCUCUUGUAUUGCCGUCUGUUGUUGUAUAUCUCCUUCAUUUUAUUAUUUGAAAAUGUGCUGCGAUUUUAAAUGCAAUUUAAAUAAAAUAAUGUCAUUUUAUUUGACCAGGAGCACCAGCAGCACCCGCCCAACAGCCUCUCCCAGUCCGCCCAGAGAGGCCUCUUGCAGGGCCAGGUGAGGGACUGGAUCAGGGAUGCCUCAGAGGAAGACCUGAGGAGUCUACCGGAAAUACUGAGGAAGACACAUCAGAGUGUGAUGGCAGAGAGACUAGAGAGGAAGAUGAGGGAGUUACAGGAAGCCUCUGAUUGUAACUUGGUUAGAAACGUGGUGACCUCAUCACCUCACUGUGAUGUAGAAGAAGUUUCUCAAUCUGAAUAACUCACGGAUAGGACACAGUACCAUAUAGCCUACAACGAUCAUGAAUCUACUACUGUAAACCACUGUGCUAUAUACUGUAUGGCUGUGUGUUCACUGGUUAUCAACUGACUUCCAAAAUACUGAUCAGUCAUGGUUGCACAAUGUGUUUUCUUUGUCCUGGUCAAAUAAUGAAACUAAUGUCAGUCCUCAGGAAAAGAGCUGGUCCUUUUUCAUACUAAAGCCUAAAGCCAUAACACCAACCUUUAUUCGGUCUCUCUCUUCUCUUUUACUGCACACGGUGGUUCUAGUGUUA